GCGGAGCCGGCGGCGCGCGGGGGCGGGCCGGGUGGACGGAAGGAGUGCCGGGCCGGAAGGAGGCAGCGGGAGGGCGGGUAGCAGGAGUGGGGCCCUGAGUUGCAGGGCCGGAGCGGCGGUGUCGCCAUGUCAGACACCGAGAAGCUCAACUUGGACUCUAUCAUCGGGCGCCUGCUGGAAGUUCAAGGCUCGCGGCCUGGAAAGAAUGUUCAGCUGACAGAGAACGAGAUCCGUGGUCUGUGUCUCAAAUCUCGGGAGAUCUUCCUGAGCCAGCCCAUUCUUCUGGAGUUGGAGGCGCCCCUCAAGAUAUGUGGUGACAUCCACGGCCAGUACUACGAUCUUCUUCGGCUGUUUGAGUACGGAGGCUUCCCGCCGGAGAGCAACUAUCUCUUCCUGGGAGAUUACGUGGACCGUGGCAAGCAAUCCUUGGAGACCAUUUGCCUGCUGCUGGCCUACAAGAUCAAGUACCCCGAGAACUUCUUUUUGCUCCGUGGGAAUCAUGAGUGUGCCAGCAUCAACCGCAUCUACGGUUUCUAUGAUGAGUGUAAGAGACGCUACAACAUCAAACUCUGGAAAACUUUCACCGAUUGCUUCAACUGCCUGCCCAUCGCAGCCAUUGUGGACGAGAAAAUCUUCUGCUGCCAUGGAGGCUUAUCCCCGGACCUGCAGUCUAUGGAGCAGAUCCGACGCAUCAUGCGACCCACAGACGUGCCUGACCAGGGCCUGCUGUGUGACCUGCUGUGGUCGGACCCUGACAAGGAUGUGCAGGGCUGGGGCGAGAAUGACCGCGGUGUCUCCUUCACCUUCGGGGCUGAGGUGGUGGCCAAGUUUCUGCACAAGCACGACUUGGACCUCAUCUGCCGGGCGCACCAGGUGGUGGAAGAUGGCUAUGAGUUUUUUGCCAAGCGGCAGCUGGUAACACUUUUCUCAGCUCCCAACUACUGCGGCGAGUUUGACAAUGCUGGUGCCAUGAUGAGCGUGGAUGAGACGCUCAUGUGCUCCUUCCAGAUCCUCAAGCCAGCCGACAAGAACAAGGGAAAAUACGGGCAGUUCAGUGGCCUGAAUCCUGGAGGCCGGCCCAUCACCCCACCCCGCAAUUCCGCCAAAGCCAAGAAAUAGCCCUCCUGCACCCACCUCUCUGCCCCUAGAUGCUGGAUUGUACAGAAGGCACGCUGCCAUGGUGGCAGGCUGGCCACUCGGACCCACCUGUCUGGGGGAACACGGAGCCUUGGUCUAGUUUCCUUCUUUUUUUUUUUAAUGAAUCAAUAGCAGUGUCCAAUCCUCAGGGUUCCCUCCCACCUGCGCCCAUAGGGGUUGCAAUCCGGGUCCUGGGGCUGAGGCUGCAGCUCAGGGUAAAGGCAGGCCACGCUGUGGGUUUCCACCGGGCUGGGCCUUGGGGCUGGCAGCUGAUCCUGGGCCAACCCGUCUGGUCUCUUGAAUAAAGAUCAAAGCUGGAUUCUUGC